GAGGGUCCCGCGCCCCCGUGUCCGGGCCGGGCCGGGCCGCCUCCCCGGGGCGGGCGGCGGUGACUCACGCUGCAGUGAAUGGCAGCCCCCGGCUUUAUAACGGCGGGAGCAGCCCGGCUGCAGGCUCCGGCUCCGGCUCCGGCUCCCCUCUCCCGGCUCCGGCUCCCGCAGCCCUCGGGGCCCGGACGGCGCGAUGCGGAGCCUCCUCCUCCUCGUCCCGCUGCUGCUGCUGCUGCUGCUCGGGGCCGGGCACGCCGCCGUCAUCACUGGGGCUUGCGACAGGGAUCUCCAGUGCGGGGGAGGCAUGUGCUGCGCCGUGAGCCUCUGGAUUCGGAGUUUGCGAAUGUGCACACCAAUGGGCAGCUUGGGAGAGGAGUGUCAUCCCCUGAGUCAUAAAAUCCCAUUUUUCGGGAGGAGGAUGCAUCACACCUGUCCGUGCCUGCCUAACUUGGCCUGCAUGCGGAUAUCUCCGAGCAGAUUCAGAUGUUUACCGGAGUUCAGAAACGAAGACGUCUUCUUUUAGCAGGAACUGUUCUUAGCGGUCAUUUGGUGUACUAUUUAUUUCUCUUGUUAUUGUGAUGAACAAGCUAUUUGCCAGAGAAAAAUCUCUAGCAUACUUUUGCACCUCGUAAACAUUAAAAACAAACACUGAGGUACUGUAUUAUAGUGGGCAAGAUUUUGAAAAGGACCUUGUCACUUGAAAAGUCUUGGCCAAUCUUUUUAUACAACAGUAAGCUUGAUUUAAACAAUGGAAGGUAAUACUGGGAAACAAAGUUAGGCAUAAAACAAAUAGCAAAAGAAUGGUAUUUAGGUUUAUAUUUGGUACCUUUAUAAUUAUAACAGUACUUGUAAGUUAGUAGCAUCAGUGCGUUAAAAGUUUAACCGAUAUCUGUAGUCUUUACGUGUUUUAAAACUGGCACAUUAAACCAAAGCAUUUAAGCAUAAAAAGUGUUGAAAGAUUCUAUGUUGCUUUAAUAUUUAAAAAGAGAAAUGAGUUCUUGUAAAUUUAUCUGGCACAAACCGAGCUGCUUAUUUGAAACCAUGUAUUGAACUGCAGUUUAUAUUUCAAACGAACCCCUAAAGUAUAUUGUAAUGGUCUGCCUGACUUCUUGUCAUGUAUAUGUAUCAAUAUUGCUGUGACAAAAUUCUGUAUCAGAAUAAUAACAGUAUAUCAUUUAUUUUAAUAUUAUAUCAUUAUUUUUGUCACCAUGGUCUUCAAUUUUUAUUCCAUGUAAAGUGUUACUACGUGUGUGAGCAGAGCUCCCUGAAGUUUUGUAAAAGGUUUUGCACCGUUAUAUAUCUUGAACAAAACUCAACUCUUCCCAAUACACGUUUCCUGCACAGAGCUCCAUUCUUAGGCGAUGUGACUUGAGUGCUGUGGAAUUUUCCUGUAGCUAACAUCAAGGUUUUUUCUAGGCACGGCGCAAAGGAUCAACACACCAAGCAUGUCAAGUGUAUGGUGUGUGUGAUUUUUAGGAAAUACUGUCUAACUUCGUAGGUCCUUGCCAGUCUCCGAGGUAAGGAUUCCAAUGGUUUGUGUGAAUUUCACAUGCUUUUUUUGCCACCAGCCAUGUCAACAUACAUAGAAAGAAGAAAAAUGGAACCAUUCAUCUUCCAAAACUCAGUGGCUUUUCUGAUCUGGCACCUUUAAGGCAAGGUAGUGGAGUUGCAUUAUGGUAAAUUAGGGGAUGGGAAAAAUAGAGGAUGGGAAAUUCUCCAACACAUUUAGUAGCUACCUUUGAGGGCACCGAAUACUCUCAGCUCUCAUUCUGUUUCAACGUACAAUAGAUGUGUAAGUAAACAUGAUGAUCACAACUGCUAUUAUGCAACUACUUUCAAGGUGAGUGAUUUCCCAUCCUGGGGAAAGAAGAAAUACCCACCUGUGAUAAACCCCAUGCUAUAGAAGAGAAAUUUAUAGUUGUGGGUCUCUGAGACAGGACAAAACCUAGGCCUGUGUAAGCCUUUCACGUAAGCGAUAAGGAGUAAAACUACUUUUGAAAAGUGGUUGACCUAUGAACCGUACUUUGUAAAUUCUUUGCAGACUGGCAACCCAUCCCUAUUCCAUAGCGCAGACUGUUUUAUAGGGAAAGGAGAAACGUACACCUUCCUUACUGCACGUUCUCUGUGCCAGCCGAGAAAAGCAAGACGACUCAGUAAACGAGGGGAUUGAGACUGACACAUCAACGAGCGUUACUUUACCUUUCCCUGCAAAACCGAGACAGGCAAACCCAGAAAGUGGAAAAGCCUUGCACCGUGUUAAACCACAAUCAGAUGCCUCCAAGACAUCUGCUGCAAAGGAGCAGUCAUAAUUAACUAACUGCCACCACAUGCCCAUCGCCAAGGCACUGUGGUCAAACAGUCGAUGAGUACUAGACUGUAGAAACUGAGCGCAUGGCAAGAAUUUGUUCUCUUUAUUGCCACUGCUGAGUUGGUGGACAGAAAUAAAAUGGGGAAAGAAAGGGCCUGGAGGCCAUUCAUUCAGAAGCUCUGCGUUAAGGCAGGCUGCUGUCUCAAACACAGCUCUGGCUAAAGUUUGUCUUCCAACAGUUAGAUACCACAAAAGCAUGAUGUUAGCAGGAGCCAGAACCCAGCAGGGCUCACUGAUGACUUUGGCUGGGGAUAGCAUUGGAUAGCAUCAGCUGGUUUUGUAACUCACUCCCUCCACAUCUGAAGCAAGGGGCCUGAUUCUCCACAAUCUCUGGGUGUCAAAUGCUACCA